AUGUCUCACCCGCGCCCUUGUGCGCCCUACCCUACCUGCUCCGCGCUGUUGCUCUGCACGCGCGGUUGCCCGCGCCCUCGUGCGCUCUACCCUACCUGCUCCGCGCUGUUGCUCUGCACGCGCGGUUGCCCGCGCCCUCGUGCGCUCUACCCUACCUGCUCCGCGCUGUUGCUCUGCACGCGCGGUUGCCCGCGCCCUCGUGCGCUCUACCCUACCUGCUCCGCGCUGUUGCUCUGCACGCGCGGUUGCCCGCGCCCUCGUGCGCUCUACCCUACCUGCUCCGCGCUGUUGCUCUGCACGCGCGGUUGCCCGCGCCCUCGUGCGCUCUACCCUACCUGCUCCGCGCUGUUGCUCUGCACGCGCGGUUGCCCGCGCCCUCGUGCGCCCUACCCUACCUGCUCCGCGCUGUUGCUCUGCACGCGCGGUUGCCUGCGCCCUCGUGCGCCCUACCCUACCUGCUCCGCGCUGUUGCUCUGCACGCGCGGUUGCCCGCGCCCUCGUGCGCCCUACCCUACCUGCUCCGCGCUGUUGCUCUGCACGCGCGGUUGCCCGCGCCCUCGUGCGCCCUACCCUACCUGCUCCGCGCUGUUGCUCUGCACGCGCGGUUGCCCGCGCCCUCGUGCGCUCUACCCUACCUGCUCCGCGCUGUUGCUCUGCACGCGCGGCUACUAA